AUGGCUGCUCACUCUCUAGCUCCUGCCCCCAGCGUCGCGGCGGCGGCGCCAGCACCCCCCACGGCGAGUAAGAGGCACCUGUGUUCUUCUCCGCCGGUGGUGAGAUUCGAAGUGCAGCACCAACGGAGGUAGGCCCUUCUUCUCCGGCCGUCGGCAUCUCUACAAGAUCCAUUUUUUUUUCGCCCAUUAGAUUAGCAGAAAGGAAGAAGAAGAAGAAUAAGACUCCUCAUUCCGUAUGCUGAAUUGCCGCAGGGCGUUCUUGUACGGGCUGGUCGGAGCUGGGCUCGGCUCCGCCGUGUGCGGCGGCGGAGAUGCCAAUGCCGCCGGUAGGCGGCCCCCGCCGCCUCCCCCCAAGGAGAAGAAGGACCUCAACAUGAGCCCCCUGCAAGCGAAAAUCCUCGCUAGCGUCAAGAGGAAAGAGGCCAUGAAAGAGGCCAUGGCCCAGUUCAGACAGAAAGGAAAGCCCAUCGUUGAACCCCCCAAAUGA